GUAAAUCGUGACAUAGCGCACACUAUAUGCAUCUUACAUUACUUAGUAUACAUAAGUAUAUAAAAUUCGCACCCUCUCUGUUGCUACGUUGGUCAGCUGGACGGUAAUUACUGGGUUAUCGUAACCCUAAUUCCAAAUCAAUACAGCAUAAUGGAUUCUAAAAAUCUAGCGAGAACGCCAAUACCUAGCGGGGCGUCCCAAGGAAAUACAAUCACCGAAGACGAGCCUAGGAGCCAGUCAGUUACUAUAAUACAACUGCCCCAGCUCGAUCUAGAUUGGUAUGAUCAAGAUACGCUUGAUGAGGAUAUGGAAUGGUUCUUUCGCUGUCAUUGUCACAGUAGAGCUCUCUAUUAUCAGAGAAACAUAAACAUACCUGCAAAGGAUUACAGAUGUGUUUUAUGUCAAGUUAAUCAUGCUUUAUCUCUUGCAGGAGCUGCAUUAGAUCGCUCACUUGAGGGGUUUUCACGAACCCAAUCACGGAUACAGCCGAACUACGUUACGCCUAUGAGUGCCAACAGAAUACCGCUUAUGCGAUAUAUUGGUCGCAAUAAUUUCCUCUUUUCUACAUGGACUUAUAUGGACCAGCUUUUCGAAGCCUCAUCCAAGUGGGCCCAGAAGCAAAUUUCAGGUUGUUUGAAUUUCCAUUUGGAAUGCCGUCAAGCCAACAAAGGCGUCUCAUUUACUCCCCCACGUCUAAUUAACGUGAGUAUUGGGGAACUAGGGGAAGAUGUGGUACUUGAAGAUGGCACUUCUAUAUCUCCAGGAUCAGCAUAUGUUACACUCAGUUACUGCUGGGGUGGCUACGACCCGGACUGUAUGACCACGGCUGACAGCUUGGAGGAGAACAUGCGAAGAAUCCCAUGGUUAAAAUUGCCUGCCACUUUUAGGGAUGCAGUCAGAUUUACACGCAGUCUCGGCGUCAAGUAUUUAUGGAUCGACAGUCUUUGUAUAGUCCAACACGAUAGGAGGGACUGGCACCGGCAAGCAGGACUGAUGUGGGAUAUAUACAAACAUUCUCAUGUGACACUGGCUGCAUUAUAUGGAAGCUCAAGCAAAUCUGGACUUCGCUCAACUUCGAAGGAGAACGAAUUAACUAAAGUGGUAGAGUUCUCACUUGAUGAUGAGCGUUGGCCUGUUUACACGCGGCUUCCCCAUUAUCUAGAAUUAAUUCUUGAUCCAGACUCGUCUAAGGAAGUAGAAAAACGGUCGCCUCUGCUAUCUCGAGCCUGGGCAUAUCAAGAGCGCAUGAUUAGCCCAAGAGUGCUUUACUUUACGGAAAGUGAGAUUAUCUUCCAAUGCUAUAGCCAUACCAAUUGUGAGUGUGGCGCAAUAAGAGAUCUGAGUUUAACAGUUCAGAAACCUAGUUCUAUAUUCUGGGAUGAUCACGGGUUCAAAAACGAUAGUCGGGGAACCACAGUGACAACCGAAGAGAACCAAGAUGUAUGGCAAUGGGUUGCAGAGACGUGGAGAGAAUACAUCGUGAAGGGGUAUAGCGGUCUAUUAGUGACUAGACCGGAGGACAGACUGGCGGCUCUUGGUGCUAUGGCAAAGCAAUUCCAAAAACUCCGUCCUAGCGAAACCUACCUGGUAGGUCUGUGGUCGGGGUCGUUGAUCGAAGACUUGCUCUGGAAGUGCUCCGAUUCGUCUUUAAAAGAAAACAGGCGCGGCUGGAAAGAUGAUAUAAGGAGACCGUAUCAUUUACCAACUUGGUCGUGGGCAUCUCUACAGAGUGAUGUUGACUUUCCCCAGCUUAGAAAGUGGUCUCAAAGGGUAGUCGUCGCGGCAGUAUCCGAAGCCUCAUGCACCUACGACGGGCAUAGUUCCCUAGGCUUCCUAACAAAAAGCCUUUUGAAAUUGCGAGGCAAACUAAUGCCUGGCGUGGUAGAGUGGUAUACCGAUACGAAAUGCAGAAUUUCUAUUCCACGCGUCGGUAAUUGGGCGAGCCUAAUGAAUUCAAAAGGUCAUACUUAUAUAAAGGGGAACUACCUUGAGAAGGUUCAUAUGGAUCACGAUGAUGAUGGGUACCAAUGUGUUCCCCGGCAACAGAAGGUGUGCUUACUUUGGAUGUUUGCCGAUUCCAACGCAACUGCCGGGGAGAGCAUGACACGAUACUAUCUGAUCCUCCGCCGUGAAGAAGAGGAUAAGAACAUUUUUUCUAGGGCGGGUAUCAUGGAAUAUACAGCCAAGAUGCAUGAGUAUCCAUGGAGUAUUUUCAACACAGCCAAGAAGUAUGGGGAUGCGUGGAGAAUUCUCGAUGAGCAUAGCGUUAUGACGGAAUGUGAGAUUCGCUGAAAGCGAGUUAUAGCUUUCGGUUUCUAAAUGUCUUAGGUACUUGUAUAUAAGGGACAUAUAAUAUGAAUGUUAGUUUCUUUAUGAUCCAUUUGGGUUUUAUUUCUACCAUAUAUAUCACGCUAGGGGAUGUCGGUCAUAUAGAGCCAAAAAUUACAUGUACAAUAGUGUGUUGACUAAAAUUAAAACGAGGAGCCAUCUGUUAUAUACUAAAGGAUGAAAGGAUCUCCUUAAAUAUAUUAGAUGCAUAUAUCAGGCAAUUAUGUAUUACACGAGACCAGAUCUACAAGAUGGUACGGUGGCCAAGUUUUUCCCCAAUGCCCCGGACUCAGAUUCAACAGUUCAAACACCUGUUAUGAGACAUUCAACUGCAGGUGAAAGCGUUACACUUUUAAUAAGACUGAAUAG